AUGGAAGACUGCAACAAAGUGUAUAGUCCAAUUGUGCAUGGUUACAAACUUGUGAAAGAUGAGAAAGGAAGAGCCACAUAUGCUACUCUCUACAAGAGGAUGAUUGGCUUCCUGAUGUAUCUGUUAGCUACAAGGCCAGACAUGACCUUAUCAGUCUGUUUGGAUGUAAGGUACAUGGAAAGACCUACUGAGUUACAUGUUGUAGUUGUCAAGAGGAUUAUGAGAUACUUGAAGAGAACUCUGAAGUUUGGCAUUCUGUACAAAAAGGAAAUUACUGGUAGCUUAAUAAUGCAGGGCUGGACUGAUUAUGAUUAUGCAGGUGACCAUGAUGAUAGGAAAAACACCUCUGGAUAUGUUUUCACAAUAGGAUUAAGUGCAGUUUGCUGGUCCUUAAAAAAACGGCCAAUUGUUACUCUGUCCACUACCGAAGCUGAAUUUGUAUCAGUUGUAUCUAGUGCUUGUCAGUGCAUCUGGAUGAGAGCUGUGUUGGAUCAUCUAUACUUAAAGCAAAGUGGCUGCACCAUCAUAAAUUGUGACAAUAGUUCUUCAAUCAAGCUAUCAAGGAACUCCAUUAUGCAUGGUAGAUGCAAACAUAUUAGUGUAAGAUAUCAUUUCUUGAGGGGACUCUGUAAUGAUGAAAUUAUUGAGCUGAAAUUUUGCAGGUCAUAUGAGCAGUUGACAGACAUUAUGACUAAGACUUUGAAAGUUGACACUUUCAUCAAAUAA